GUCGCCGUGGUAACGAGUCUUGGAAGGGACUUGCCGCUCCGUCUCGCUUUCGGACCGCCGCCGUCGGUAAUCCCAGCUAACGUGCUAAGUGGCUAAUGCGCGACGAUUCGAUGGCGAACGGCUGAAAAACUCGCACCGUUCCCCCGAAAAGCGUCCAAAAGUUUCCCCGAGCGACGCGCGUGCGCGGCCGCGGCGCGAUGGGAAGAUGAGGACAAAGUUGACAACUUGUUGACGGCUAGCAGCUCGCUUCGCUGUUAGCCUCCCGGUCGGCAAGUUGAGCGUCCAGCAGUUAGACGGAGCCACAUGACCCACACCGCCCGCAGCCCGGUUUUGUCCGCCCUGUUCGGCUUGACGGAGGCCGACGCCGAACCGCCGGGAGCCGCGGAGUUUAUCAAAGAGCGUCUGUAUUUCGCCACGCUACGAAGCAAACCCAAAAGCACGGCCAACACGCACUACUUCUGCACGGACGACGAGUUUGUCUACGAGAAUUUCUACGCAGACUUUGGCCCUCUCAACUUGGCCAUGUUGUACCGAUACUGCUGCAAGCUCAACAAGAAGCUCAAGUCGUUCACGCUGAGCCGGAAACGAAUCGUGCACUACAGCAGCUUCGACCAGAGGAAGCGCUCCAACGCGGCCGUGCUCAUCGGCGCGUAUGCGGUGAUCUACUUGAAGAAAACGCCGGAAGAGGCUUACAGAGCUUUGGUGUCGGGAUCCAACCACUCCUACCUGCCCUUCAGGGACGCGUCCUUUGGGAAGUGCACCUUCAACCUGAGUGUCCUGGACUGUCUGCUGGGCAUCCGCAAGGCUCUCCAACACGGCUUCUUCGACUUUGAGUCUUUCGACGUGGAUGAGUACGAACAUUACGAGCGUGUGGAGAACGGCGACCUGAACUGGAUCGUCCCGGGGAAACUUUUGGCCUUCAGUGGACCGCAUCCCAAAAGCAAAAUGGAGAACGGUUACCCGCUGCACGCGCCCGAGUCGUACUUCCCGUACUUCCGGCAGCGCGGCGUGGUGGCGGUGGUGCGUCUGAACAAGAAAAUCUACGAGGCGGCCCGCUUCACCGACGGCGGCUUCCGCCACUGGGACCUGUUCUUCCUGGACGGCAGCACGCCCGGCGAGGCCAUCACGCGGCGCUUCCUGGCUCUGUGCGACGCCACGCCCGGCGCCCUGGCCGUGCACUGCAAAGCCGGCCUGGGCAGGACGGGCACGUUGAUCGGCUGCUACCUGAUCAAGCACUACCGCUUCAGCGCCGCCGAAGCCGUCGCCUGGAUCCGCAUCUGCAGGCCGGGCUCCGUCAUCGGACCUCAGCAGCACUUCCUGGAAGAGAAGCAGGCGUGGCUUUGGUUGCUAGGAGACCAUCAGCGCUCGCAGGGGUCAAAGGCCGCAGAGGACGACGACCGCGUCGGCCAACUGAUGUCCCGCGUGCAGGGCCUCGCCUUGAACGGCGCCGCUCGACCUUCGCUCGGCGAGGACCGCCUGCGCGAGGUAAACGUGCACGUCAACAUCGUUUGCACGCCGCCAAACUUUUUUUUCGCCGCAGGACGACGCGAGCGAGCGGUCGCCUCCGACUCAGGGAGACAAACUGCGAGCCCUAAAAGGUCGCCGACCCCUCCGGUCCGCCGCCUCUGCGGCUGUCAGGGCGGAGCGGCGCGGCGGGACUCCGACACGGCCGAUCAGACUGUGGGCGGGCGCCGACGGCGGCUCCGCCUCCUCCCCGCUGAAGUCGUCGAAGUCGCCGGCGGCCUCCGCUUCGGCCGCAGCCAAGAGGAUCGGUCGCAGUGCGUCGUCAUCGGCGAGCGGCUUGAGUCGCUUCAGUCGAACUGCGUCGACUUCUAGAAGGUCCCACGGGCCCUGAAGGCACCGCGCGCAUUCCAUGACCUCCGAGGUCACGCGCGGCGGCAAAAGAAGAAAGCUGACAUCAUGGGGAUGUCGGGAUCAGCUCAGGGAGCAAGGAAUCCCUUUUCGGCGUCGUCAUUUUUGCGAUGACGUCACAAUGGCAGAGCCCAAUGAGCCACCGACCUUUGACCUGUGAGCAGGUGACGCGCCGGUCCGUGCGUGCGCGCGCAAUGCUCUCCUGUUAGCCUAGCGCCAGCCGUUAGCCUAAGGGGAAAGACCGAUUUGAAGUCAAGUUUGAUUUGAAUGUUUUUUUUUAGUUUUUAACCGAGUUACUUUGAUGAAUUGACUGUUGGUGUGUGGCUCCGUGACCAACCAGCAUGGCGCCAAUCUUCUACCUCUUCCAUGUUGUUUGUUGCGGGAAAAUUAGGGUCACAGUCCCGCUCACAAUUUUACAUUCUCAAGUUUGAAGUUUGUUUGUGGUAACGCAGUGCCAUAAUGAAGUGUGGAAGCGUUUCUCCAAAAGGAGAACAGCCUGGGCUUUUAUUUUGAAGGGAAGCUGCUUGUUGAUGUCUGGAAUAUACUGAGAUUUAUUUUCUUGAAGGAAAUAAAUUAUUUUUGUUGA